GUUUGCCGAUCGUCAUUUGUUCACUUGACAUGUUGUGUCGCGCCCGCGCUCAGAUUAUUUUGUAAUAGUGCAUCAUUUGUUUGUUGCAAUAUGACUACGAUUAAGCGAAAGGCCUUGUCACUUCAAGAAAAAAUUGAGAUAUUGAAAGUUUUCGAUACAAAAUCACAAACAACAAAUCAAACUCAGUUAGCGGCUGAGCUUCAUUUACCAGUUUCUACGUUACGUACCAUUUUAAAGAAUAGAGAAGGUAUUAAAGAAAAAUACAGAUUGGGAGGUGUGCAUAGAAAAAAGCAAAAGAUCACUGAUUUUAACGCUUCAAAUGGCUGGAUAGAUCGUUUUAAAAAUCGCAACGGCAUUGUGUACCGUCAAAUCAGUGGGGAAUCGGAGAAAGUGGCACAACAAGAUGUUGAUACAUGGAUGGCAAUACUUCCCGAAUUGUUGCAACAUUACAAACCGCGAGACAUUUUUAACGCAGAUGAGUUUGGUUUAUUUUUUAAAUUGAUGCCAGAUAAAUCGUACGUUUUCAAGGGAGAAACUUGCCAUGGUGGUAUAGUAAGUAAAGAGAGACUUACUGUCCUGUCCUGUGCCAAUUCUGAUGGGUCAGAAAAGUUACCUUUGCUAGUGAUUGGCAAAGCAAAAAAUCCGCGUUGUUUCAAAAAUGUAAAAUCGCUCCCCGUAACAUAUGAUGCACAAUCUCGAGCAUGGAUGACCAGCAUUCGGUUCAUUGACUGGUUAAAAGCUGUAGAUGAUCACUUCCAGAUUAAAUGUAGACGCAUAAUUCUAUUCAUUGAUAACUGCCCCGCUCACCCUAAAAGUGUUAAACUUAAGAAUAUCAAGCUUGUUUACUUACCUCCAAAUGCGACAAGCAAAUUACAACCGAUGAAUCAGGGAAUUAUAAAGGUCCUAAAGCAAGGUUACAGGACAAGACUGAUACAUCGCUAUCUUCAAGAAAUGGAAGACCCUGACAGCAAACGACCCUUCACUGUGCAUGAUGCUAUUCUAAACAUUGCAGCGGCAUGGGAAGCAAUUAAGCCUGAAACCAUUCAAAAUUGCUUCAAGAAAGCAGGUUUUAGAAAUAACGUGGUUGAUGUCGUGUUGAAAGAAGAAGAACCCGAAAUACUGCAGGGUUUUCCUGGAUAUUCUUCCAUUGAUGACAAUGUAGCACCGUACGAAAUUCAAUCAAUUGAAGAUCUUAUUGAGAAUAGAUAUGUGAAUAACACACAAAACGACGCUCUAAGUGAUAAUGAUGAACACGAAGAUGAGUCAACUCCGGUUUUAUCAAACGCCCAGGCAUUAUCAGCUGUUAAUGAUUUAAGACGAUAUGUAGCUUCUUUGGAUCAAAGCGAAGACGCACUGCAGAAGUUGAAUUAUGUAGAAAAUCUUUUAAUUGCUAAUGCAUCAAAAAAUUUCUGUCAAACCAAAAUUUUAUAUAAUUUAUAAUUUAAUACCUAUAUAUACCAAAAUUAGAACAUACAUAAUAAUAUGUA